AUGGGGAUUCAAAAAGGCGACCAGGCAGGGCCAAGUGCCUCGUCCAGCACUGCGGAUCCUCUUAUUCAGACGUUUGGACUGCUUCAUGUCUUAGAUGACUUAAUCCGUCUCCGUGCGGCGGAUCUCGUUCAGCAUCCGAUUCUCGCAUAUCCAAGUUCUGACAAGGAUGCUGCUUUAUAUAACUAUUAUACUGGCCGAGACUUGGAUGAAAUGAUCGACCAGUCUGCGGCAGUGCUGAUGAAUAAUGGGUUUCAACCAAAGAAUGGGGGCACUGUGGCUCUGCUUACUCUUUCUGAUCUCAACAUGGUUAUUGUCUUCUUUGCUUUGAGUCGACUGGGCUAUACGGUCAUGAUGUUAUCACCACGACUAUCGAGUGAAGCAUGUGUUUCACUGCUUGACGAAGUCAAUUGUGACACAAUAAUCUACGGCCAAAAUGGGAGCAUCCGGUCCACUUUGGGGGGAAUCCUACAGCGAAAGCCAGUCAGGUGUCACCCUAUACCAGGCAUAUCACAGGGUAACCCAGAGAACGCCCUCCUCAUCCUGCACCGAAGGCGCAAUUUAAGCGCCCAGAGCAACCAAAUUGCGCUUAUCCUUCAUUCAUCUGGUUCAACCGGGACGCCGAAGCCGCUCUACCUUACACAUCGGGCACUAAUGACGCAUCCCCUGCGCGGCCCCGGAUUGACCUCCUUCAAUCCGCUGCCGUGGUAUCAUCUCCAUGGGCUUUCGACCGCAUUGCAGGCAAUGUGGAUGCAAAAGACCGCUUUCAUGUGGAAUGCAGCUCUCCCAUUCACGGCGCCAUGUGUGGUUUCCGUUCUGGAGGCCGCCCGGCCUCAAUCGGUGGCGGCUGUACCUUACAUGCUUCAGUUGUUGGUGGAUAGCCCCAGAGGCAUUGCUGCCCUUCGGCAAUGCAAGCUGGUGACAUACGGAGGCGCUCCCUGUCCGGACGAGCUCGGUGACCGUCUCGUCAGCGAAGGGGUUCCGUUUGGGGGGUCUUUUGGCUUAACGGAGGCAGGGCUGGUAGCCGAAUCAGUCUCCCGGCCAACAGGUGACCCUUACUGGAACUACCUGCGAUUCUUCGAUAGUAUUCGACCACAUAUCUGGAUGAAACCACUUGGAGAUGUAAUGUAUGAAUGUGUCUACUUGGCUGGGCAUGCCGCUCUGACAACGUCUAACUCGACUGAGCCACCCGGUUCGUUUCAUUCUCAGGACGUCUUCACGCCACAUCCUACCCUUCCUGAUCGAUGGAAAUACGUCUCCCGACUGGAUGACCGGAUCACCCUUGUGAAUGGGGAGAAAGUCGUUCCACUUCCAAUCGAGGGGAUCGUCAAGCAGGAUCCUUUGAUUCACGACGCGGUGGUUGUUGGGUCAGGUAAGCCAGCCCCUGGAAUAUUGAUAUUUCAAACACAAGCAGUUGAGGCUGCAGCAAUCUCGGAAGAAGAGUAUCUUCGUGAAAUCUGGCCGACGAUUCAGAUCGCCAACUCUCGAGCUGAACGGUUCGCACAAAUUACGCGCGACAUGGUUGCGAUCCUGCCCUAUACAGCCACGUUCCCACGGACAGACAAGGGAUCUAUAAUUCGAUCUCAAGUCUAUCUACACUAUGCCAAGUUGAUCGACAAUCUUUACUCCAGAUCAGAAAAAUUGGCGGGCCAUCUUCAGCUUGAUUUCGCCGAUACACAGUCCUUCCUAAUGCAACUCUGCCGCGACCAGCUGGGGCUAUCGCUUCCCAGUGUGACUACUAGUUUCCUCGCUGCAGGCAUUGACAGUCUCAAGGCCCUCCAUCUUCGACGCUUGAUCGUGCAGAGGCUGAGGUUUGAUCAAGACGGCUUGGGCCGAAAUGUGGUGUAUGAGACCGGCAGCAUUGCCAGGCUCGCCGAGCAUAUCUGUGCCCUCCAGGGCGGACAGAAUGCAGCAGCUGUGCAAAGUGAAGCCACAGUCAUGGCGGGCUUGAUUGAGAAGUACUCUUCGUUUCAGAAGCAUACACCAGGACCAGCGAUCUUUCCGAACACCAAGGGCGUGAUUCUGACAGGGGCCACGGGGUCCAUUGGCGCUCACACUCUCUAUGAAUUGCUUCACGACAAGUCUAUCUCAACCGUCUUCUGUCUGACCCGCCGACCGUCACCAUUGGAGGCUGUUCUGCACGGCUUGGGUGAUCGAGAAUUGUAUAUCACCCCCACACAGAAGGCCAAGAUUGUCGCUUUGAAUAGCACCCUCGACGAGCCCAACUUCGGCCUCGACCCCGAAGUUAUUCAAUCCAUGCAAAAGAGCGUGACUCAAAUCAUCCACGCCGCCUGGUCUGUCAACUUUAACCUUCCCCUCACUCAAUUCUCUCCGCACAUCCAGGGUCUCCACCACUUGCUCCAAUUUUCUCUCUCCGUCCACCGACCCGAGCCAGCAGUGAUGCUUUUCUGCUCCUCUAUCUCCACCGCGCUAGCCUCGCCGCUGCCCUCGAUCCCCGAAGAGCCCAUGUCCAUAUGCAAUGCAUACAUGGGAUAUGGGCAAUCCAAACUCAUUGGCGAACAUAUCAUCAGCGUUGCACGCCGCGCCGGUGCGCGGUGUUAUUCUCUGCGCAUCGGACAGGUCUCAGGUCACUCCAAAAAGGGCCUGUGGAACGACAGCGAUGCCCUGCCGCUGAUGGUCCGGUCGGCGAUAGUGCUGAAAGCGCUGCCUGAAUUGGACCACAUGUGUUCCUGGCUACCUGUGGACAAGCUCGCAGCGGCAAUAGUCGAGAUCGGUAGAGCGUGCUCAGCAUCUAGUAGAGUUCAUGACGCCAGCCAGCGGGCAGGGGAAAUGACCUUCAGUCACACGGAUAGUGAGACGAGCGGCGAAACGGCGUUGGUGGAUGACUCGAUCUACAACGUGUGCAACUCGCGAGAGUUUUCGUGGUCGGCACUGCUGGAGUCGUUGAGCCGGAGCGGGUUUCAGUUCGAGAUAGUCCCCUUUGAGAAGUGGAUGGCGAUGCUGGGGGAGAGUGAGGCACGAGGUGAAGAAGAUGUCAAUCCGGCCGUGAAGUUGAUCGAGCAUUAUGAGAAGAUGUAUGGUGGGAAAUCGUUACUCAGUUCGAAGACGUUUCGGACGAAUCGGGCGGAGAGAGAUAGUGAGACACUUCGCAAUGGUCGAUUGAGGAUUAUCGAGGAUGGGAUUCUGGGUUCCUAUGUGCGGGACUGGUUGACUCGAUGGUUUACUUCUUGA